GUCCUUCGAAUGUUAUCGCGGGCAGCACGUGCGCCGCGGGGACGAGUGUAUCGCCGGCGUUCGAAACGGUCGCAAGUGGAUUGAUGCCGUUUGCCGAUUGCGGAACAACGAUAACCGUCCGGAUUCGUGGAUGAAUACAGAUUAUAACCAGUUUAGCAGAAUGACAAUGGACGUCCACCAGCACAGAAACGUGACGACGGCCGCGUCCUCGUCGCCGCCGUCGCGGUACUCGCCGCCAGUGGCCGCCGGCGUCGCGCAGCCGGUGCAGACGUCGUUGCCCGCGGCCGUGGUCGCGUUGCAUCAAAGGCCGCAGAAGCGCAGUUUCGACGUGGCGUUCCUGAUGGCGCCGGACGACCUGAGCAAGCGAAGACCUCGGCCGUUGCAGGCCGCGCAGCCCGUCGCCCGGUCGGCGUUCACCAAAGUGUCGCCGGACCCGCCGCCGUCGCUGUCGCCCGCGUCUUCGCCGGCAACCCCGCCGCCCACAGAUUUCGCCGCUUACAUGCACCACGGACAGCUCCACCACCAGCAACAGCUGCUCUCACAUCACCAGCCGCAGCAAGAGUGCAGCCUCAGCCCGCCACUUCCGCCGGUCGCGGCCCACUUCAUGUCGCCGUUUCCGCUGGGCUUCCGGUCGCCGUUCGCGCUGAUGAUGCCGCCCCGGCCGCAGCCCACCGCCUCCGUCAAAGACUAUCAGUCGCCGCUCCAGCCACCGCCGCCGCUGCCGCCACACCACCACAAUCAGCAACAGCAGCAACAGUUGCAGCAACAGCAACAGCAACAGCAGCAACACCUCCACCACCAGCAACAGUUGCAGUCGCUGCCGGCGCCGUCGCCACUGCAGUUCGGGCAGGCGGCCGCCGCGGCGGCUGCCGUGGCCGCGCUUCCGGCCAUGCUGUUGCCCGCGUCCAUCGCCGCGGCCGCGCUCACGUUACCGUCGCAGAACGUGUGUGCCAAGUGCAACGUGAGCUUCCGCAUGACUUCCGAUCUGGUGUACCACAUGCGAUCGCACCACAAGGGCGGCGACGGCAGCGGCGGCGGUGGCGCCGGUGGCGGCAUCGGUGGCGGAGUUGGCGGAGGGUCGGCCGCGGGAGUCGGCGGUGCGGACGCCAAGAAACGACGGGACAUGGACAAGCUCCGGUGUCCGGUGUGCGACGAGAGCUUCCGGGAACGGCACCACCUGACGCGGCACAUGACCGCCCAUCAGGACAAAGAGGGCGACCGGCUCGACGACGAGGACGACGCGCCGAUGCAGCAACAGCACCAUCAGCCGCUCCUGCAGCACCAACACCAAGGGGCCAAAUGACGCAAGGCGGCCGCGGGCGGACG